AACAGCAGGAUUUCAAGAAAACGUUUUGCAUAUUUUUUUUUAUUUAUCGAAUUGUUCCUGAUCUAUGAUUUUUGACCCAUAACUUGGCGACGCUGCGCCUUUUUUCAAUUUGUUUACCUCUUACAAUGUCAAGGAACAUGCGUACCAAGUUUCGUCAAGACACCUCAAUUUUUACUCUAGUCAUCGCUAGUUCGGACGAACUGACAGACGUUUCUCCGCUCUCCGUACCCUAAUCUGCAGUCUCAUAACCGCUACUGGUAAAUAAUCCGACAUAUAUCCACUAGUAGAACAUAAGACCUGUAGCUGGUAUGCUACGUGGUAAAGUUGAGAUUUGUCAUACUAAAACAGAUUGCAUUAGCCACCCUCAAUAAUUAUUUCACUGUAUCUUCAAUGUUUCCAUUCAUUCGAAAGCUUCGUGGAAUGCUGAUCAAAACGUUCACUCGAGCAAUUGAAGUAAAGCUACCUUUCUAUGAUCAGGUCCACUCGCAUGAUCAGUAUACUUUCAGCAGCAAUACUGAUCAGAACAGGUUAUUUCAUAACUCACAGCUCAAAUUAUCCUUUGAUAACAAAUAUCUAAAGAAAUCAGAAAUCUUAUUAACAAUGACGUCUGAUACAUUUAAAAAAAAUCGCGCCUGGCUGUUGGUCGCUCUCUUAUCGUUAUUGAUGCCGAUCAUACUCUUCAUUUCGGUGUUGAUAUAUUUCUACGAUAGUUAUGUGAGAUGUAGACUGUGUAAAAAUAUUGCCGGCGAAGUGGCUGUGGUCACCGGUGCAGCAGGUGGUCUGGGUAAAUGUAUUGCUGCAGAAUUAGCCGCUAAAGGAUGUCAUGUCGCUAUAUGUGAUAUCAAUUUCGAUUUGGCUGUGAUAACGGCAAAGGAAAUCGCCGAUAGAUAUGGCGUUAAGGCAAAAGCCUAUAAGGUAGAUGUCACUAAAUACGAUGAGAUCGUGGAACUCAAUGAGAAACUAACCACCGAAAUUGGGGCUGCCACUAUACUCGUGAAUAAUGCAGCGUUGCUGUAUCAUGCAGACCAACUGAAUCCCACAGUAGAAGAAUUUGAAGCGAUGAUAAAUGUUAAUUAUAUAUCACAUUUAUGGACAAAUCGUGUAUUCCUGGAGAAUAUGAAAUGCGCCAAGAAAGGACAUAUUGUAGCUAUAAGCUCUAUGGCCGCCAUCAAAACAGUGCUACAAAUGGAGCCAUAUUGCAGUGCUAAAACCGCUGUACGCACCCUAAUGCGUGUCUUACGCGCCGAGCUGCGACUUAACAAUAUUACGGGCAUUGACGUGACCACAGUGUUUCCCUCAUUUAUGACAACUAACGUCGGUGUGGAGCAGUUUGCUCGAGAUAGCGGUUAUGCCGAAAUAUAUCCAUUGUACAGUGGCGAAGAGAUGGCGCAAAGAACCGUACGCGGUAUGCUGCGCGGUGAAGUGGAGAUUGUAAUGCCGGAAUACUAUAUGAUCAUCUAUCGUUUUAUAGCUAUUUUGCCGUCAUGUGUACAGGAUUUGUUGGCUUUUAGUCCAUCACUUGCUAAAUCUACUUACUUACGCGCAUUGGAGGCAAUGAAAAAACUUUAGAAUUUUUGUAUUAUUUUCUUAUAGAAUCUUCUGUUAUUGUGUUUAUUUCAACA